AGCAGCAGCAGCAACAAGCGUGACCGAACCGAGCGUGCCACUCGCAGCACUUUUAAUAACACGGUGAGAGUAACAGCAGCAGCAGCAAAACAAUAGCGAGGAGCGAAAGCAAAAAAGUGGUGUGAAAAGUUUCCAGAGUCGAAGCGGAGCAGCGAAAAGAUCCGCCAACGAGGCGAGGCGACGGAAGAAAGUGAAACACGGCGGUGUGCGCCGAAGUGACGACGAUCGGAACAGUGAGAACGGAACGGAACGAAGUGAAGUGAGAGAGCGUUUGAGUGAAGUGGCACCGGAAGCGGAAUCGGAAUACGAAACAAUCGAACCGCGCAGGAACCGCGCCAUUCAGUGCGAAGAAAUCGGUGCAGGAAGCACGAACCUACAGAGUGAGAGAGAGAGAGAGAGACAGAGAGGCCAACGGAGUAAAGCUCGUAAAGCAAGUGCGGAAAUCAAGCGGCCGGCGGUGUCGAGUUACGGAACAAGCCAGCGAACGACUUAGAUGCAAGUGUAAGCGACGAACGCACCGCUGCACCGGAAGGCUACCGUUUUGUUGUGUCGGGAACUCUGUGCAAUUGGACGCGGGACGAGAAAAUGGCGAUCAGUCGAAAGCUGAGCCUGAGUGCGGCCGUGGUGGUGGUGGUGUCGAGUCUGGUGACCGUCUGCUCCGGCUCGGCCAUCCCGAUGUGGGAGUUCCUCAGCCGUGGUGAGAAGAUGUCACACCUGUACACGAUGUUCGCGAAGCAGGUCUCGAGCUACUGCAAGAACGCCCAGGACAUGCCGACCAACAUGUGCAAGCGGAACCUGCUGAUGUACGGCAUCAACAAGCUGCAGGACAUGAACGAGUCGCACCUCGACUCGAUGGACCCGUACCAGCGGGGCGCCACCGAUAUAAUCUGGGACGCCAUGAUGGAUGGGCACACAAAGAACGGCAAGAAGAAGACACAGACGACGGUCGCCCCGGCCUACGUCGUGGCAAGCGAGCAGUUCGGACACAAUCCGCUGUUCGACGAUCCGGCUCCGUCCGAUCGUAAGGGAGCGCCCACCGGGAGCAUCAACAAGUACGGCAUGGAUUACGACUACGGCACCGGCACCGGUGGUAGUGGUCCGACCGGGCAGGAGGGCCAGUACCCGGAGCCCGCGGAGAACCACUUGCCGCAGGAAGCGUCGACCAAUGUGGACUACAGCUAUCAGUACGAGCCGGCUGCCUCGACGCACUUCAACAACCUGGCACCGGUCGAACAGAACACCAACUACCUGACCGGGCCGAUGGUGGUGCGCCUGCGCCCCGACGGAACACCCGUCGAGGAGGACCAGGGCCAGCACCCGGUCGCGGUCGCCCCGAAGGACGACGACAUUAAGGAGAUGACACUCGGCCAGGAGCGAAUGCCAAGCUUCCAGCAGAUCUACGACAGUCUGAAGCAGAACGAAGAUCAUCACCUCCCGUCGACGGUGGCCCCGGUCUCGACGACGACCACAACGACGACCGUCCUGCCACCGGUCGCCGCCGCCGCCGUUCCCACUCAGCAGAUCUACGGGUUCGUGCAGCGUCUGCCGAAUUAUCUGCGAUCGUAUCGCACCGCGUACCGCGUCUACAACGCCCACUAAGGCGGAUCCGUCUCCGUCUUCCCACGGAACUCUGAUCGAAAGCUGAAUGUGAUUUUAAUUAAUUAACUCUACUAAACCACACCAACACGCACGCAUAUCGGGGUCCGAGCUGAAUGAGGUGAGUGGGAUGGCCGGCUGACUGCGAUCGGCGACGACGACGAUCGAGAGUUCUAGCCACGUGCCAUCAGGACACUGAUUCAGGACAGGCGUUUAAUAUAUUUAUAAUCAUUAUAUUGUCACUCAUCGUGCGUGCCCCCCAAAAAUCGGCAUCGUCACCUUCCCGUACCAGUUGCGUUUCUCCCGUCGUCUCAGACCGUUCCGGUUCCGAUUGUGGUAAAGCAAAAGCAACUAAAAAGUAACACAUGGGGAAAUGUCCACCAAAUUGUGAUGUAUGGAGGCACGGAGAAACACUAGGGUACUAGGGGAAGCGGCUGUAGAGGGGCUCUACUUUCUUCGUCUCUUAAUCGUAUCCGUAGGGCAGAUGAUGAUGAUGAUGUGUUGGUGUUGGAGUUCCAACUGGAUAACGGCUUAGGUUUUAACGGUUAAGUGCGCUCACGUUCGGUGUCUUAAAUUAUUGCAUAUUUAUGUGCUCGCGUGUGUCUGUGUUUAUACGAGUCACGGUAAUCCCAAUAAUGGCGGGCGAAGCGAGAGGAUCACCUUUACCGCAAGUAACACGAGUAGAGAACCGUCACCGCGCGUCACACGCACGCGAGCAGAACAUUUAAACGAUUUUGGCGUGAAAUUGGAGCACACAUUCUCCAGAAUGGGGUGCGAAAGUUUGAGCCCGAAAUCGAAAGGUAUUCCAAAUUAUUUGGAGCAGUGUUUGUCGUUUUUUUCUUCUAUGUGAGUGUAUGUCCACUUUACUUACUAGGAUCGGCGUAGGAUUAGGCUAGGGAGGCUCGUUCGGACCUCAAUCAGCGCUAGGGGGAUGGUGAUCGGUGAGGAACAACGGAACGGAACAGCGUGCAGGGCGGGCAGCAUCCCGUCGGCCGCGGUUGCAAAUUUUGAAGCGAGUAUUGUGAUGUUUUUUUUUUAUUAACUCUAGACAGGACCGACAGGGCCGGCCCCAGGAAACUAGGCCACCGAAACACCGGAGCGUUUCGUUUCCGUGGGCCGGCAUACCACAUAGGGCACACAAACACAAACACAUAGGCAGGUUAGGGUUAGGCGCAGGAUAUAGGACAUUAAGGGAGCAGUAACGUUAAGUGAAACGAAAAAGAAGCACAAGCUUACAAGCGUACAUCUUGUUCUAAGAUCCGUGAUUGUUUUUGUUGAGGAACGUUAAGCUCGGCCCGAAGGCCUCGGGGCCUCCGAGCCUCGGCGGCUCGAGUCUGGCGUGUGUUUUGAGAUGUAUUUCAAAAUGCAAAUGAAAUAAAAUGAAU